AUGGCCAAUCCGUUUUUGAUGGACGACGAUCUGGAUGGCGGCGAUGCAGCCGUGAAUCCGUUUUUGGUGCAAACCGAAACGGAGCCAAUCGAUACGGAUAACCCAUUCGGUGAGUCAGCCUCCAAUCCGUUCGCUUUUGGGGGCGAUGAUCUGGAAACGGAGGCGGAGCCUGCGGCGGCUGUUGACAUUGAUGCAGCAAUGAGUUUCUUUGGCACCACCAUCGAGGCGGAGGACGAUGCGCUCAGUCUUAAGUCCGCCGCUGAGGAGGAUGAUGAGGGCAAAAAGGCGGAAGCGCCACCGCCGCGACCACAGCCGCCACAAAGCACACAGGAGCUAAUCAAUACGGUCUCCAGCCAGCUGGACGAGACGAGCUCGGAGCUGCUGGGCCGCAUUCCCGAUACCCGCUCGCCCAGUCCCGUCUCCAUGCGGGAUCUACACUCGCCCAGCCCCACGCCCGACUCAGGGCUGGCCGAUCUGCUCGAUGUGGAUGUCUCGGACAGUGGCUCCAGCGCGAACACCCAAGCCAUCGAGGUAGACCUAAUGAGCGGCAGCGUCGUUGCCGCCUCGCCGCUCGACAAUCCAUUUGGUGUGCCCACGGCACUGCCCAAUUUGCAGGGUGCGGCACCGCUGACGUCGCCAGCCAAGCAGCAACCACCGCGACCACCGCCGCCGCGUCCAUCGGCGCCACCACGGCCAACUCCGCCGGCGCACAUGAUGCAGGGACAUGGACAACAGCAUCCGACGCCGACUCCGGCGCCGCCACAGCGUCCGCCGCCGCCAUCAGCAGCAGCACCAACAGCAGCAGCAGCGGAACCGGCUGCCGAUGCGGAUGAUCUACUGGACAUGUUUGGUAGCAGUACCAAGCCGGCAAAGCCGCCGCCACCCAAAACCAAGGAGGACAUACUUAGUCUGUUCGAGCAGCCAGCUGUAGUUGUGGCGCCAGCGGCAGCUGCCCCACCGGAUUUGCUCAACGAUGAUCUGCCAGAGUCGAAUUCGCGAGAUGAGCCCAUCUUCAGCUCGAUGCUGAUACGACCGGAUGAUAGCACUCAUGAUAUUACCUCACAGCCGCAGGCGGCUACCGUGGCGCACAUUGCGGCACCGCCGGAAACAGCACAGAGGCAACGGGCGCCCACGCCGGACAUUGAAAUUACCACAGUGGAGGAUCUGCCGCGCUCCGACGAUGAGGAUGAGGAGCCAGAACCGGCGCCAGUCGUGCAGCCGAAGCAGCAGCAGCAGUCGCCAACUGAAAUUGAUGCGGAAACUGAGCUGGAAGCAGAGCCGGUACCCCAGCAGCAACAGCAGCAGCCCGAUCCGGCACCAGCACCAGCACCAGAACCGGAGCUAGAACCUGAGCCAGAGCAGCAGAUUACCAUUGAAUCGGAUCAGAGCCCACCCACGGAAUCGGCAGCCACCAUACAAGCUGUGCACGAGUCUCACACAGAGCUGGUCAACGAUGAGCCCGAGCAGAUGGACACCGGAUUGGAUUUUCCGGGGCUAGCCAGCGGUCAACUGUCUGCCAAUCCGUUUGCCAGUCCCGAGGAGGAGGACGAACCGAGCUUUGCGCCUGCACCCAUUGUCAGCAACAUCUUUGCCGUGGAUGAGCCCGAAACGGAGGAAACGGUGCCACCGGUGGUGCAACCACGGGCAGCUCCACCCAUUCCACAACCAGCUGCCAGUUAUGCCAGUAACAUCUUUGCAGUUGAACCGGAUGAGUUCGACGCAUUCUCGGCCAAAUUUGACUCGGUUAAGAAGGACAACAUCAGCAUACUCGACGGCUUCGGCUCUGGAUCUGGUGCUAUAACACCCUCAGGAGGCGAUGCUUGGGGCGAUAGCGCCUUUGGGUCAGCGACGACAACGGCAAAUGCUUUUGGCGAGGUCAACUCGGUGGACGACGGUUUCGGCAAUGAGGAUGACGACUUCUAUGCCAUGCAGGCGCCAGUGCGCGCGGACUCCGUGGAGUCUGUGGACAAGGAAUUCAGCGUAGUCAUCCGACCAAAGGCGGAUGGUGCAUCUGGGGUGGCACCUCAGCUGGCACCACCGCCACCGCCGGCGCGCACAGCGGUUCAGUCGGCAACCGAUCAAACAACCACAUCGCCAGCGACAGUGAAUCCGUUUGAGGAUGAUGUCAGCGGCUUUCCAGCACCACCGGCUGCCACAGAAAGCAGCAUGAAGCGCACAGAUUCACAGGAUACCCCACAGACGCCGCUGUAUGACGAGGAUGUGUCCCAGCCAUUGGAGGAGUUCCCCCGUCUCAACUAUGUCGGCCCCGGCUGGGAGAUGCAGUUGCGCCAACCCAACAAGAAGAAGAUUACCGGCCAGCGCUUCUGGAAGAAGAUCUUUGUACGCCUCGUUGUGCAGAACGAUGUGCCGGUGGUGCAGCUACUGAACCAGGCCGGUGACAAGCAGCCUUUCCAGGAGCUGCCGCUGCAGCCCUCCUACUCGGUGUCGGAGAUCGGUGCCCAGCAGUACGAUCAAUUUGGCAAAAUCUUUACCAUGAAACUGCAGUAUAUAUUCUACAAGGAGCGACCCGGUGUACGACCCGGCCAGGUGACCAAGGCGGAGCGCAUUACCAACAAGCUGACCAAGUUCGCACAGUAUGCCAUCGCUGGCGACUACGAGGGUGUCAAGGAGUUUGGCAGUGAUCUUAAGAAGCUCGGCCUGCCCGUGGAGCAUGCGCCACAAUCUUCGCAGCUCUUCAAAAUUGGCUCGAUGAACUACGAGGACAUGAAACAGUUCUCCGUUUGCAUCGAGGAGGCGCUCUUCAAGCUGCCCGCUUUGCGUGAACGUGCGCUCACUUACAAGAUGGAGGAGGUGCAAGUGACGGCAGUGGAUGAGAUCACCGUUGAGCAGGACUUCGAGGGCAAGAUACUUAAGCAAAUAGCGCGUGUGCGCCUCUUCUUUCUGGCCUUCCUCACGGGCAUGCCAACCAUCGAGCUGGGCGUCAACGAUAUGUGGCGACAGGGCAAGGAGGUGGUUGGACGCCAUGACAUUAUACCCGUGGCCACAGAGGAGUGGAUUCGCCUGGAGGCCGUCGAGUUCCACAGCGUUGUCAAUCAGCAGGAGUAUGAGCGCACACGCACCAUCAAGUUUCAGCCACCAGAUGCCAACUACAUAGAACUGCUGCGCUUCCGCGUACGUCCGCCAAAGAACCGUGAGCUUCCGCUGCAGCUGAAGGCCACCUGGUGUGUCACUGGCAACAAGGUGGAACUGCGGGCCGACAUACUGGUGCCGGGAUUCACGUCGCGCAAAUUGGGCCAGAUACCAUGCGAGGAUGUCUCCGUGCGUUUUCCCAUACCCGAGUGCUGGAUCUAUUUGUUCCGCGUGGAGAAGCACUUUAGAUAUGGAUCCGUGAAGUCGGCCCAUCGACGCACCGGCAAGAUCAAGGGCAUUGAGCGCAUAUUGGGCGCUGUGGACACGCUGCAGGAAUCACUGAUUGAGGUUACCUCCGGUCAGGCGAAGUAUGAGCAUCAUCAUCGCGCCAUUGUCUGGCGCUGUCCGCGUCUACCCAAGGAAGGACAGGGCGCAUAUACCACACAUCAGCUGGUUUGCCGCAUGGCGCUCACAUCGUACGACCAAAUACCGAGCGAACUGGCGCCAUACGCAUUCGUGGAAUUCACAAUGCCCGCCACGCAGGUCUCGCAUACCACCGUGCGCUCUGUGAGCGUGCAGGACUCCGAUGCCGAUGAGCCACCCGAGAAGUACGUUCGCUAUCUGGCACGGCACGAGUACAAGGUUGGCAUCGAGACCACGCACGGCGAAUCCACGAAUGCGUAUCUGGCGGCAACGCGACCCAUUCGCCAGGAGCCCGCCGCUGCCACCGCAGGUAGCAAGCCGACUGCAUCGCCUGUGCCACCCAGCGAUACGGAUUCCGACUCCAACUAAGCGUUUGCUUCAAUCGAACUGAACCCAUAUUAUGGUUGAGUUUAGUUUUCAGCGACCACAGCGAACAUCCAGUCACAAAUAUCUGGUACAUAUUUUUGUUCUCUUCCGUGUUCUCAUCUCAGUGGACGUGAAUGAUUCAAUUGAGAGUGCUCUGUGUGUAGUUUGAAUAUUAGGUAAUGAUUAGUUGACAAUAAAUACAGGAACAGCCACACAUGAAGAACGCCCCAGCAAAAUAUCAAUAAUAUACGGCUGGAUAGAUGGUCAAACGAGAGGUAUAAAAAAAGAAGCAAACACAAACACAAACACAAAAAAAAGAAAAGAAAACAAAAA